CGCGCGGGUCUCAACAAUGGUGCUCCGCGCUGGCGCGAUCCCCGCGUCCGCCCCGCGGCGGCCGUAGAGGAAGCGGCCGGGAGACGCCCCCCCUUCUCCCCGCCCCAGCCACACACGCUCGCCCGAGUUUGCGCGGCUCGCCUCCCCGGCUGGGGCUCCGCUCGCCAGCGCCCAAGGCGGCUCAGCCCCGGAGCAUGGUGCCGGCGCCCGGCUCUCUCUAAUCGCUCCUCUCCCUCCUCCUCCUCCUCCUCCUCCUCCUCCUCCUCUCGCUCCUCCCGUCCCACCCGUCCCUCCCGAGGGUGCUGCCUCCGGCUUCCUUCGGCGAGAGGGGAGUGAGUGCAACUCUGUGCCUCUCCAAGGAGACGGGCGACUGGCCGGUGACCACCCGGCAAGAACUCGCCCCCCAUUUGAAAGCCAGCCCGGAACAGCCGGAGAAUGUCCACCCCGAGCCGAUUCAAAAAGGACAAAGAGAUCAUAGCCGAGUAUGAAAGUCAAGUGAAAGAGAUCCGAGCCCAGCUGGUGGAGCAGCAGAGAUGCCUGGAGCAGCAGACGGAGAUGCGAGUGCAGCUGCUGCAGGACCUGCAAGACUUCUUCCGGAAGAAAGCCGAAAUUGAGACGGAAUAUUCCCGGAACCUGGAGAAGCUGGCAGAAAGGUUCAUGGCCAAAACCAGAAGCACGAAAGACCACCAGCAGUUCAAGAAAGAUCAGAACCUGUUGUCUCCAGUGAACUGCUGGUACUUGCUCCUGAACCAAGUGAGGCGAGAAAGCAAAGACCACGCCACCCUGAGCGACAUCUAUCUUAACAACGUCAUCAUGCGGUUCAUGCAGAUAAGUGAGGAUUCCACCCGGAUGUUUAAAAAGAGCAAAGAGAUUGCAUUCCAACUGCACGAGGACUUAAUGAAGGUUCUUAAUGAGCUUUACACGGUGAUGAAAACGUACCACAUGUACCACGCGGAGAGCAUCAGCGCGGAGAGCAAGCUGAAAGAAGCCGAGAAGCAAGAGGAGAAGCAGAUCGGGAGGUCGGGCGACCCCGUCUUCCACAUCAGGCUGGAAGAGAAGCACCAGAGGCGCAGCUCUGUGAAGAAAAUCGAAAAAAUGAAGGAAAAGAGACAAGCAAAAUAUUCAGAAAAUAAGCUGAAAUCGAUUAAAGCCCGGAACGAGUAUCUCCUAACACUUGAAGCAACCAACGCCUCGGUGUUCAAGUACUACAUUCACGACCUCUCCGACCUAAUCGAUUGCUGUGACCUUGGCUACCACGCAAGUCUGAACAGAGCCCUCAGAACGUAUCUCUCCGCCGAGUACAACCUUGAAACCUCCAGACAUGAAGGCUUAGACAUUAUUGAAAAUGCUGUUGACAACUUAGAGCCAAGGAGUGACAAGCAGAGAUUCAUGGAGAUGUACCCUGCUGCGUUCUGUCCACCCAUGAAGUUCGAGUUCCAGUCUCACAUGGGUGACGAGGUGUGUCAGGUCAGUGCCCAGCAGCCGGUCCAGGCAGAGCUCAUGCUCAGGAACCAACAGCUGCAGUCCCGACUGGCCACACUCAAGAUCGAGAACGAGGAGGUCAAGAAGACGACAGAAGCCACCCUCCAGACGAUCCAAGAUAUGGUCACUAUCGAGGACUAUGACGUGUCUGAGUGCUUCCAGCACAGCCGAUCCACGGAGUCUGUGAAGUCCACUGUGUCUGAAACCUAUCUGAGUAAACCCAGCAUCGCCAAGAGACGAGCCAACCAGCAAGAAACCGAACACUUCUACUUCAUGAAACUCCGGGAGUUCUUGGAAGGCAGUAAUCUCAUCACGAAGCUUCAAGCUAAACAUGACUUGCUGCAGAGGACUCUUGGAGAAGGUCAUAGAGCUGAAUAUAUGACUACAAGGCCUCCAAACGUCCCCCCUAAGCCCCAGAAACACAGGAAGUCCAGGCCCCGCUCCCAGUAUAAUGCUAAGUUGUUUAAUGGGGAUUUGGAGACAUUCGUCAAGGACUCAGGCCAGGUUAUCCCUCUAAUUGUGGAAAGCUCCAUCCGGUUCAUUAAUCUCUAUGGUCUCCAGCAUCAGGGGAUUUUCAGAGUGUCUGGUUCCCAGGUGGAGGUGAAUGAUAUCAAGAAUUCCUUUGAGAGAGGUGAGAAUCCUUUGGCUGACGACCAGAGCAACCAUGACAUCAACUCUGUGGCCGGCGUUCUGAAGCUCUAUUUCCGGGGGCUGGAAAACCCUCUCUUUCCUAAGGAAAGGUUUAAUGACCUGAUUUCUUGUAUCAGAAUAGAUAAUCUCUAUGAGAGGGCGCUUCACAUCCGCAAACUCCUCUUGACCUUGCCCAGGUCGGUCCUCACAGUGAUGAGGUACCUGUUUGCCUUCCUCAAUCAUCUUUCCCAGUACAGUGAUGAGAACAUGAUGGACCCUUAUAAUUUGGCCAUUUGCUUUGGCCCGACAUUGAUGCCUGUCCCAGAAAUACAGGACCAAGUGUCUUGCCAGGCGCAUGUGAACGAAAUCGUGAAGACCAUCAUCAUCCAUCACGAGACGAUUUUCCCAGACGCUAAAGAACUGGAUGGUCCCGUGUACGAGAAAUGCAUGGCUGGAGGCGACUACUGCGACAGCCCGUACAGCGAACACGGCACGCUGGAGGAAGUGGACCAAGACGCGGGCACGGAGCCGCACACCAGCGAGGACGAGUGUGAGCCAAUCGAAGCAAUAGCCAAGUUUGACUAUGUCGGGCGGUCUGCUAGAGAGCUGUCCUUCAAGAAGGGUGCGUCCCUACUGCUGUAUCACCGCGCCUCUGAGGACUGGUGGGAAGGCAGACACAAUGGGAUUGACGGGCUUGUGCCUCAUCAGUACAUCGUGGUGCAGGACAUGGAUGAUACAUUUUCAGACACUCUGAGCCAAAAAGCCGACAGUGAGGCCAGCAGCGGGCCGGUCACCGAAGACAAGUCUUCAUCCAAGGACAUGAACUCUCCCACCGACCGCCAUUCUGAUGGCUAUUUAGCGAGGCAAAGAAAAAGAGGAGAACCACCCCCUCCAGGAAGACGUCCUGGCAGGACCAGUGAUGGCCAUUGUCCCCUCCACCCCCCACAUGCUCUUUCUAACUCCUCAAUUGACCUGGGGUCCCCAAACCUAGCCAGUCACCCCAGGGGUCUGUUGCAAAAUCGUGGCCUCAAUAACGACAGUCCUGAGAGGCGGCGCCGGCCGGGCCAUGGCAGCCUGACCAACAUCAGCCGGCAUGACUCCCUCAAGAAGAUUGACAGCCCACCUAUCAGGAGGUCCACGUCAUCGGGGCAGUACACCAGCUUCAAUGACCACAAGCCACUGGACCCAGAAACAAUUGCUCAGGAUAUCGAAGAGACCAUGAACACUGCUUUGAACGAACUCCGUGAGCUGGAGAGACAGAGCACGGUGAAGCACACCCCUGACGUCGUGCUGGAUACGUUGGAGCAGGUGAAAAACUCGCCCACCCCUGCAACGUCCAUGGAAUCUCUCAGCCCGUUGCACAAUGUCGCCACCCUCAGGGGCUCGGAGCCCCAGAUCCGCCGCAGCACGAGCUCCUCCAGUGACACCAUGAGCACUUUCAAGCCGAUGGUGGCGCCCAGGAUGGGCGUGCAGCUGAAGCCCCCCGCCCUAAGGCCAAAGCCCGCUGUUCUUCCAAAAACAAACCCCACCGUGGGCCCCGCAGCACCUGCCCAGGGCCCCACAGACAAGUCUUGCACGAUGUAGAGAACCCGAGGUCCUGAGGGGAGGGGGUCUGGAGGUGGGGAUGGAUCGGUGACAUGAGUCUGUGAUCGGUGACGUUCCUUCGUCUUGCGCUUAUAACUGGAGAUCUUUGGACUUUUCUAUGUUGUCGAAUGUAAUGCUGUCUGGAACUAGCUAAGUUAACAUGGGCAUUUGUAUUUUGUAACUUUUUUUAAUAACUGGACACAUGUCGUUUUAAAGACAAUAGAAACACUUAGACUUACUUGAAAAUCCAAUGCUGCGCCCCUUGUCACCAAGGCUGCACACCUCGCCCCACAUGGUAUAUGGCUUCGGAUUUAGUGUGGCCCAGGUGAGCGUCCUCCAAGCCAGAGAACCUGCCUUCCGGGUCUUACUGGAGCAUCGCCUGGCGCGGUCUGUGACACUUGUGGGAAGAGCGUCCAGUGGGGGUCCAGCCCCUGUUAAAGGCCACAGAGGGAGGCUCCAGGGGACCCUCGGUCCAUGGCGUGAAGGGGUUCAAUGAUGGCCCCUUCCCUAAGGGUCAUCUCCCUGGAUCUGGGUUAAAGACUCAAUGGAAGAGGAUGGAGAGAAGAAACUUAGAUAUUGCUUGGCGUGAACCUGGAUAAAGGCAAAGGAGACUACGUCUUCCAAUCCCUCCAAGAACGCGAUCAGGCCCUGGAGAUGCCCAAGUCCACCGCCUCCAUUUACAGAGGACUAGAGCCGUCGAAUAGUAAGGACUUUCUGGUUGCCCCACAGACUCCUGCAAAAUUCUUCAAUAACUGCCUAAGAAGUAUCUCUACCUUCCCUAGAAUCCCACGUUCCCCUUGAUGGCCAUGG